AUGGAAAACAAGCUUGAAGCAAAAGACAAAAGCAUUCAGAAAAGAAUACCACGUUCGGUACCAAAAGGAAAGGAAAAGAACUAUAAGUAUAUGAUUUAUACUGAAGAGAUGGAAAAUGAAGAAGACAGAGAUAUGAUUAUGUUGCAUUUAGUCAGAAGAAACAACAAAAGCUUUUACGACCUUGCUAAGAUUUACAAAUCUGACAGAAAUUGGUUCUAUCGCGAAAACUUACCGAUUUCAAUGACCCCAAAUGAAGAUGUGAAACAAAUAGUUCAAGAUACGUUACCUCAAACACACUAUGAUAUGAAAGGUUGUACAAUACUUACCUUCAAAGAAGAUUUGCCAUUGUUAAAGGAAAAAAUAACAGAGUAUUUUGA